CAUAACGGUAAUGUACAGAUGUUGAUGCUAUUGUAUUUUAUUCGUUUACUAGACUUGAUUUUGUACAUUUUAAACUUUUAAUGAAACUCUUAUGUCGAAGUGUGUGACCAAAUAAAACACUUGUAGAUUCGUAAUAUUCAUUUCACUUCGGCAAAGUAUUUGUAGUUGUAGUCUAGUAUUUCGCUAAAGUUGGCAAUGGAUUUUGCCUAGGGGAAGAGCAAGUGCCAACAAGUAGUGAACGUGGUUAAACUGAAUCAAAUUUUAGUCAAGUGAAAAUAUUUGUAUUUGAGGGCCUCCUGGUUCCUCAGUUAUGGCAACAAAUUCCUCCCAAAUUAUUGAAUUUUUAGAAUUGGUCAGCCGAUUGAAGCAUCUCAAAAGGACAGGAUGGGUUGAACGGAAUGUUGAAGACCCAGAAUGUGUCGCUGGACACAUGUAUAGAAUGAGUAUUAUGGCUUUUCUAAUUAGUGACUCAGACUCUUUAGAUAAAACCAAGUGUAUCAAACUGUCAUUAGCUCAUGAUCUUGCAGAAUGUAUAGUUGGAGAUUUGACUCCAAACAGUGGCGUGGAUCCUGCUGAAAAGCACAGACUUGAAGAUGAGGCUAUGCAAAAGUUAACUCAAUUAGUGGGUCCGCCAGGAGAAGAGUUGUAUAUGCUCUUUAAGGAAUAUGAAGAUCAAAACACUCCUGAAGCUAAGUUUGUGAAGGAUUUGGAUAGAUUUGAUAUGGUUCUACAAGCUUUUGAAUAUGAGAAACGUGGUGGUAGACCUCAUGAACUGCAAGACUUUUUUGAGUCAACCAAGAAUAAAUUUUCACACCCAUUUAUAACGUCCCUCGUGACUGAAGUAAACAAACAGAGAGCACAGUUUGAGUCCUCUCAGAAUUCUUCAAUUGAAGGCAUUGCUAGCAGUGGUGAAUCUUAAUCAAACUCCUUUGGUUAUGAAGUUGUCUAAAACUUCAUUCUCAAUACCAAUGACAAGUUCACUUGACAGUUAAGAAAAUAAAUUGGAGCUGAUUACUCAACCUUGGCAAUGACUUGGCUAUGAUUUCCCCUGCUUAGAUCAAAGCAAAAACCUUUUCAUAUUUUUCAUUGUUGUGCAUGUUCUGUCAUGUUCUGUUAUAUGUUUCAUUGUUUUUAAUUUCGAUUAAUGUGAGAACAUAUAUUUGUUGCUCUGUAAACAUUCUCAUGUUAUUUGAAAAUAAAUACUUGGAGCACUAAAAUAUUUUCAUUAAUUCAUGUGUUCUUUAGAUAUGGUGGAUUUGCUACCACAUUUAUCAUUUGGGUUGCUUGCAAAGCAUGCCAGGAAAGUCUCUCCACACUGGCACUUUGCUGGUGGAAGUGCUACCAACAGAAAUUAUGCUGCUAACAAAGAAAAAUGUAAAUAGCAUACUCACCACACCAUAACAAUGCUAGAAGUCUUGUCUCCUUCACUUGUUUCUGGUUGCUACCAACAUAAAUGCAAUUUUUUAAUAGGAGGUCCUGACUUGGUUUGGUG